CCCAAUUAGCGUCUUUGCUAGCUAGCUUCAGCAGAUAGGUGUUAAUAACUACUUUCUGUAAUUUAAGGUAGUGAGUCACACAUUUCACUUAUAUUUUUAAUUAUAAACUUGCACUAUAGUGUUAAUUUGCUGUACAUUGUCCAGUCCUUGUAAAAUCAGGGUUUAUAGGUUUGUUAGCAUUUGCUAACAUUUUUGAAAGGAAGAUGGCAGCCAGGAAGAUGUGCAUCAAGAAGAGCAAGGAGGAAACUACUGAGUGGACAGGAUUAUUUCCGAGUGACCUAAAGAACAAACAGGGGUCAGUCGUCUUUGUCAAGAGGAUGAUGGCUGUGGCUGUGUCCUCCAUCACUUACCUCAGAGGCAUUUUUCCUGAGGUUGCCUACCGCGCCAGAUAUUUGGAAGAUCUGUGCAUUAAAAUUUUGCGUGAGGACUGCAGCACACCAGGAGCCAGCAAAGUUGUAAAAUGGUUGAUUGGCUGUUUUGAUGCACUUGAGAAACAAUAUCUUCAGGUUGUCUUCAUUGGGGUAUACACCAAUUCAGAUGAACCUAAUUGCAUUAUCGAGUCCUACAAUUUCAAAUUCAAGUACACUGACCAGGGGCCAGAAAUGGAUAUAGCCAGGAACAACGGCAUGAAUGUGCAUGUCUCCAUGGAAAUCACCAAGGCAGCGUCUGUGCUGCUCAUCAGGAAGCUCUUCCUACUCAUGCAGAACCUCAAUGACCUCCCCAACAACAUCCACUUGACAAUGAAGCUCUACUACUAUGACGACAUAACCCCAGCUGGCUACGAGCCACCGGGCUUCAAGGAGGGAGAGUCGGACAGCCUAUGGUUUCAAGGAACGGCUGUGCACUUCACACUGGGUGAGGUCCAGACGACCUUUCACACCUUUCAAGUGCGGGUAUCUGCUCAGCAAGAUCGCCUAGGGAAGCUUCAGGAAGGAAACCAUGUCAAGGAGACGGAGGAGAGGACCCCGUCGGAGAGAGACGUCAACCAAGCAGGCGGCGAGGGCCUUUACAAAAUCGUUCGGGAUUUUGAUGACCUGCCCUCCGAAAAUGAGUCUGCACAGUUCAAGAAACCCACAAAACAUCCGGCAAAGAAACAACAAUCAAAAAUAGACUAAGAAAGAGAAGAAGAACUUAACUGCAUAAUUUGCUAAAAUGUUGUAUUAGUAAUCACAACUAUACAGUUUCCUCAUUUUAUUGCAACUUUGACCAUAAUGUUACAGUAAUGUUUGUUAUAUAUGUUAUAUAAAAACUCUUCUCCUAAAGCAUGUCAAUAAGACUUUCCAAUCUGUGACACUGAAUCACAGUUUUUUGAUAAAUUGUUCAUAAUUCAAGUAUAUUUUAAAAAUUGUCCAUGAAUUAAAAAAAAAUCAUAAAAAUGUGUGAUAUGUUGAUUUUUGCUUCAGAAUGAAGCAAGAAAUGCAAAAUUAUUCAAAUUUUGUGAAAUAAUUAAUGGACAAAGUUACAGUUGAAAAUACUGCUGUAGUUGGCAAUGGCGGCAUAGUGCAAACAUUUCAGUUGUCCUUACUUAACAUUCACUCAAAGAUUAAAGGCAUAUCCAUAAUGCCGUGGAUCGUGUGUGUCCUAGAAAAGACUGUCAACGUCUCCCAUCUCCACAUAGACAGUCUUCAGCUGCGAGUAGUAUUCAAUCGUCACUUGGCCGUUCUCCCGUCCUAUGCCUGCUCAACAUAGGGAAUAUUUGACUGGUCAAACUGGGCACCAUAAACAACAGCACAUAGAGCGGUGAUGGUUCUGGGAUACAAUUAAACAGAUCAUGUAUGAUUAGGACCAGAACCCACCUGACAUUUUGAAGCCUCCAAAGGGAACUUCCACAGGAGUGAUGUUGUAGUUGUUGAUGAAACAAGAACCAGCAUUGAGGUGUUCAACCACACGGUGGGCACGCUUCACGUCACUAUGUGUUGAUGGAAAAAGAUUUGAUCAUUUGCAGUAUAAAUGAUGUGUUACUUGCAUACUAACUAGAAAUGACCUGAUGUUUUUUUUCAGGGCCUACUGUAGUAGUCAUGGAGGCUGAAAAAGAAAUAUUAGGAGUCGACAUUCAUGUGCAGUAAAAGUGAAAAUAAGAUACGAGCAAUAUAAUGAAUUAAAUAUCACCAAUUUUAUCAGCUGCACACUCAACAAUUUUUUGCACUUUUUAUUAUCUCCAUUAUGUUUCAUCAUGUGUCUUCAAAGGGUGAGUAACUUCAUUUUACUUUUAUAUUACAAGGGUUACCUUGCCUGUACAGUUAAUACGACUUUGAGCCUGAAAUAAAUUAAUUAUUUACCAUGGGACAUUUUUUUGUUAACAAAUUAAACAUUUUUUUGUACAAUCCUACCUAUACUUCCCAGUGUCCCAGGAAAUGAGACUUUUUCAACAGUUUCCGUGGUCCAA